AUGUCUCAAGAAAUUCCUCCCGGUAUCAAAGAGGCAUGCAUUGGUUGCUACUACGUCAUUAUCGUUGCCAUGUGGCUGGAGGCGGCAAUCACCAUCUUGGCAAACAUUCUCGCAAUUGCAGCUUUCUUCAGAUCUAAGCGCAUCCGCCGAAAGAUCUCCAACUACUUCAUUUUAAAUCUGUCCAUAGCAGACCUCCUGGUCGGCGUCACGGUGAUCCCACUGAACAAUUUAUUCGUGUACUAUGGCUUCUGGCCGUUUGGGAAAAUCGUCUGCAAAUUCUGGCUUUUGUUUCAGUACACAUGCACCUUGCUUUCUGGAUUUGGUUUAGUACUAAUUAGCUGGGACCGCUUCAUGUGGGUGAGGGCGCCCCUCGUCUAUAUUUACUACCAGUCAAAAAAGCGCGCCAUUUCUGUGAUAGUUGCGACUAUUCUUGCCUCGUACGUAUUCGUUUCUUUAAUUGACGUGGAGUGGGAGGUACUGUCAGGAACAAGUAACAUCAACUACACGGUGGAAUGUCAAUCGGAGGGGAUUCAUUCAUUGGCUUACGCCUUGGUGACGUUCGCGUUUGAGUUCCUACUGCCGAUGGGUCUGCUAACGACAUUCAACUCCCUGGUGUUCGUUAAAAUACGACGGGUGCUACUGUCCAGACAGCGGACUGAGUCGGGAACCAUCAGCAUGGAGAUUGACAACACUUUGGAGCACAACCACAGCUCGUCGUCCGGAGGUUCUGGGUUAUCCUCUGGCGGGGCAUCGCUCACCGUACCGCGUUUGCCUGGUUCGCAGGCCUAUCGCAAAUCAGCUGUCAUGCUUGCUGUCAUGACGGGAGCAUUCCUCCUUUGUUGGUGCCCAUGGUUCAUUUCCGUGUUCUUAAUCGCCUUGGGAAUCCCCGUCAGCCCUUACGCGCUCUGGGGUUUAUCCUACCUGAUGUUUGCCAACUCUGCCAUUAACCCGUUUCUCUACGCGUCUACCAAUGUGCACUACAAGGCUCAAAUGAUGUCAUUUUUAUGUUUUUUCCGUCGACGGAAGAAAUAG